AUGGAAGACGAGCCGGAGAGAGCGCGGGACGCUGUCGACUUGGUGCUGAACGCCACCAACUCCGUAGGGGAAACCCCCCUGCAUCUUGCCUCCAUCAGAGGCCGCUCGGAGUGCGUCAGGCUGCUGCUGCAAGGAGGUGCCACGGUAAACGCCCAGGACCGGGACAAGCGAUGGUCUCCCCUGCACUGCUGUGCCCGAGAAGGGUCGCUGGAAACUUUCCGUGUCCUGAUGGAGUACCGGGCGGAUCCAAACCUGCAGGACCUGACAGGAAGCACCUCCCUGCAUGUCUCUGCUCGGUUCGGCACCUACGAGCUGCUGGAGCCUCUGGCUGCAGCUGGGAGUGUGCUGGACUUCCAGAGGCCAUCGGACGGAUACACUGCGCUCCACGUGGCUUGCCGGCACAGCAACUCGAUGGAGACCGUGCGGACGCUCCUGAGCUCUAGAGCAGAUCCGACGUUGAAGAGCCGGUCAGGACAGCCGGCAGCAUUUCUUGCU